AGUUAUUUUUGUUUCAAGGUAAUGAGUUACACAAGUAGCCUUGUUUACGUCAUUGUGCCCGAGGCACUGACAACGCUGCCACCCAGUGGAAUUCAACGGUUAACGUAACGUUAGCUACUCGCAGCGUUUCUGGUUAUUCCCCAAGAAAGGUUCGCCACAGAAAAGCAAGAUGUCUCGACUUCAGAAUCUGUAUAGCGUUAUGAAAUAUCUGAUGAUGAUUCUAAGCGGCAUCAUACUGAUCAGUGGCUUCGUGGUGCUGGGAGUGGGCAUCUGGAUCAACAUUGGCACGAACAACUUUGUGAAGAGCGUUGGUGACUUCUCCUCACAGCUGGGCAUCAUCAGCACCGUUUGCACGGUGGCCGGUGCCGGACUUUCGCUGCUCGGCUUCAUCGGCUGCUAUGGCGCCUGGGCGGAGAAGCGCACGCUCAUCCUGGUUUACUUUGUGACUGUGAGUUUGCUGUUCCUUGCUGAGAUUGCCAUGGCCCUUAUGGUCAUUAUCUACAGAAAUAGGGUGGAGGACUUCAUCCGCAAGGCUAGUAAGGAGACCCUGCUGGAGUCCUACAAGGGCCCCACUGCCCAGGACGGCAUCUCUGUGGGCUGGAACGCCAUCAUGACAACGUUUAAGUGCUGCGGUGUGGAGAACUCCACCCUUGACUUUGUGGGCUCCACCUUCACUAAUGUCACGGGGCUCCUGUACCCCAAGACCUGCUGCGUGGACAUGGAGGACCCCAGCUGCGACGGCCUCAACACCACUCCGAGCCUGCUGCACCCCGACAUCGGCUAGAAAGAGGUGGUGUACUCCGUUCGGAUAAUCCGAUCGAUUAAAAAAUCCACCAUGAACAAGUACUCUGAUUCCUUCUGCACAGGUGUCCCGUACGUGGUAAUAAUACACAGUGACGUAAACAAUUGAGUUGUUUAAGAUUAAAUGCAAUUCUGUUUAUUUAGCGUUCAUGUAAACAGUUUGGUUGAAAAUUUUAAUCUGAUAAAUUUCAGGGGGAAAAAAACAUUCAUGUAAACGCGGCUACUGUUGUUGUAUUUUAAAUGUCACCUCUCUCGCACUCUCUCUCACUCUCUGUCUCAGAGCUGUGAUGUGAAGAUGAUGUUUACGAAAA